AUGAGAGCAGGACCUGAAGUUAUUCAGGGUGCUUUGGAUAUGAUCCAACCCCAUCAUGAACCAUGGGACUACCCCACUAAUAUUGGCUUCCCAACUCCACCCUUCAACCCUUACCAGUUCAAGCCUGUUAUGGCAAACCGUUGUGUGAACUUGGGGCGCAACGAGCUCUCUGAGUGGGUGGAGCAAAUAGCAAAGCAACUCAUAGAGGACUUACCUGGUCAGACUGAGAGUAGCAUAGAUAUUUUGCACUCUGACACAACCUCUCAGGACAAAUUUGUCCCAUCAAUUCUUGGAGACUUUAGGCCAAGAAAAGCUGCAAGAAGAAACUACGAUGACACCAUUGGAAGCGAGGUUCAAUGGACCGAUGAGCCUAAUCAAGUUUCUGAUCAUCAUGCAAGGAAUAUAAAUAGAGGGUUAAGUAGGUUAGAUGAGCAUGGCUUAUCCCUAAUAACCCUACUUCUUGAGUGUGCGGUUGCAAUCUCAGUUGACAAUCUAGGUGAGGCACAUAGAAUGUUACUUGAGCUAACACAAAUUGCCUCACCUUAUGGGGUUUCAUGUGCUGAGCGAGUUGUGGCCUAUUUCGCUAAGGCCAUGUCUAGCAGGGUAAUCAACUCAUGGCUUGGUAUAAGUUCUCCUUUAGUCAACUACAAAAGUAUUCAUUCAGCUUUUCAAGCUUUCAACAACGUUUCCCCUUUCAUCAAGUUUGCACACUUCACAUCCAACCAAGCAAUCCUUGAGGCAUUCCACCGCCGCGAUAGGGUUCACAUUGUUGACAUUGAUAUCAUGCACGGCUUGCAAUGGCCAGCCUUAUUUCACAUCCUUGCCACGCGAAUGGAGGGCCCUCCGCACCUUAGAUUGACGGGGAUGGGCACGUCAAUAGAGAUUUUGGUGGAGACAGGAAAGCAGCUUUCGAGUUUCGCUAAGCGGCUUGGAAUAUCAUUUGAAUUCCACCCAAUUUUGAGGAAGUUUGGAGAAAUUGAUGUUUCAACGGUGCAGGUUCGGCGCGGAGAAACUCUAGCCGUGCAUUGGCUUCAACAUUCCUUAUAUGAUGCUACUGGACCCGAUUGGAAAACAAUGAGACUACUAGAAGAAUUGUCACCAAGAAUCAUCACAUUGGUUGAGCAAGAUAUUUCACAUGUUGGGUCUUUUCUAGACCGUUUUGUUGGGUCACUACACUACUACUCGACCAUUUUCGAUUCCCUUGGAGCAAAUUUGCCUAUUGAUGACCAUAAUAGACACAGUGUUGAGCAUUGCCUUCUAUAUAGGGAAAUCAACAACAUAUUGGCAAUAGGAGGGCCAGCAAGAAGUGGGGAGGACAAGUUUAGGCGUUGGAAGAGUGAGCUUGCAAGAAGAAAUUUUCUGCAAGUGCCCAUGAGUGCAAAUUCUUUGGCUCAAGCACAGUUGAUAUUGAACAUGUUCCCUCCUGCUCAUGGAUAUAGCCUUGUCCAAGGAGAAGGGACACUCAAGCUUGGGUGGAUGGAAACUAGUCUGUAUACUGCUUCUGCAUGGACUUCAACUGCUUCUAGGUAG